AGGGGCAGCCGGAGUCAAGCAAGAGCGAAGGGACACAUUCAUGCUGAAGGGUAGCCAUCCCAUCCAAGGAUCAUAAGACAGAAGGAAAGGGAGGCAGGUGCCCCCCUGCCCAACAGGCACCGAGAUUGAAAACCAUCCACCGCAGAGUGAGAUAAUGACUCUCUCUAGCAAGCAAGAUGUCUCGGACAAUGUGUUCUUCUCUGAAAGUGACAACAGUCUGUAUUUCACCUACAGUGGCCAGUCCAACACCCUGGAGAUCAGGGACCUCAAUUACCAGGUUAAUGGGGCUUCUCAGGUGCCAUGGUAUGAGCAACUGAUUGAAUUCAAGAUGCCUUGUCUGAGGAACCGAGGCCGGGAUUCCCCGGUGCCCGUGAUCCAGAAUCUGAAUCUGAAAGUGAGAAGUGGGCAGAUGCUGGCCAUCAUCGGGAGCUCAGGUUAUGGAAAGUCCUCGCUGUUGGAUGUGAUUACCUGCAGAGAACACGGAGGCAAAAUUAAGUCAGGCCAAAUUCUAAUUAACGGGCAGCCCAGCACACCCCAGCUGGUCAAGAAGUGCAUCGCCCACGUGAGGCAGCAAGAACAGCUUCUCCCCAACUUGACCGUCUGGGAGACCUUAUUAUUUGUCUCCCAGCUCCGCCUAUCAAGAACCUCUUCAGAUGCACAGCGCAAAAAGAGGGUAGAAGACGUGAUAGCUGAGCUCCGGCUGCGGCAGUGCGCCCACACGCGAGUGGGGAAUGAGUACAUAAGGGGAGUGUCAGGGGGGGAGAGGAAGCGAGUCAGUAUUGGCGUGCAGCUACUGUGGAACCCUGGAAUCUUAAUAUUGGAUGAGCCUACAUCAGGCUUGGACAGCUUCACAUCCCAUAACCUUGUAAAAACGUUAUCCCGGCUGGCAAAAGGCAACAGAUUAGUGCUGAUAUCGCUUCAUCAGCCUCGCUCAGAUAUCUUCAAGUUGUUUGAUUUGGUCCUUCUGAUGACUUCUGGGACCACCAUCUACUCAGGAACAGCCAGGGAUAUGGUCAAGUAUUUCACAGAAAUUGUACCCUGUCCAAGGUACAGCAAUCCUGCAGAUUUCUAUGUUGAUUUGACCAGCAUCGACAGACAGGACAGACAAAGAGAAAUGGCCACCAGGGAGAAAGUCAAGUCCCUCGCUGCCUUGUUUCUGGAGAAAGUCCAAGACUUUGAUGACUUCCUGUGGAGAGCUUCUGAAGGGGAGCUCUCAGAGGAGCCAAGGCUUCCUCUCACUACAGAGAAGAUCAUUAACUUACCAUCACCUUCUGACCAUCAGCUACCAGGUUCAAUACAACAAUUCACCAUUCUACUGCGUCGACAGAUUUCCAAUGACUUCAGGGACCUGCCAUCGUUGUUGAUCAAUUGGUCAGAGGCCCUUUUGAUGUCCAUGAUAAUUGGAUUUCUAUAUUAUGGCCAUGGAGAAAUUCAGCGCUCCUUCAUGGACACAGCUGCUCUCCUGUUCAUGAUUGGGGCUCUGAUUCCCUUCCCAGUGAUUCUGCAUGUUAUUGCAAAAUGUCACUCUGAAAGGGCAAUGCUUUAUUAUGAACUUGAAGAUGGGAUGUAUUCUGCUGGUCCAUAUUUCUUUGCUAAAAUUUUAGGAGAGCUUCCAGACCACUGUGUUUAUGUGUUCAUUUAUGGGAUUCCGAUCUAUUGGCUAGCAAACCUCCGACCAGAGCCAGAAUAUUUCAUCCUGAGCUUCUUGAUGAUCUGGCUUGUGGUCUACUGCAGUCGGACCAUGGCACUAUGGUGUGCUGCUUCACUUCCAACUCUGCACAUGUCCUACUUCUUGGUCAAUGCUCUGUUCAACUCAUUUUACCUAGCAGGGGGCUUCAUAAUAAGCUUAGACAACUUAUGGACAGUACCAGGUUGGAUUUCCAAAGUAUCCUCUCUCCGAUGGUCUUAUGAAGGAUUAAUGCAGAUACAAUUUAUUGGAGUCACUCACAGAGUACAGGUUGGAAACCUAAGCAUCCCACUACCAGGAGAAGUUAUAGUUGAUGCUCUGCAUCUGAAUUCACACCCAUUGUACACUAGUUAUGUCAUAAUUAUUGGCACUAGUAUCGGCUUUUUUGUCUUGUACUAUUUGUCCCUGCGAUUCAUCAAGCAGAAAUCAAGCCAAGAUUGAAGACCUGGAAUGUGCUGCAGGUUGCGGUGUGGACUUGAGCUAUACCACUAAUUCACUCUCCCCCGAGAAGUCUCACUGAAGAAUAGCCCAGAGACUCAUCGUCCAGAGUACUGAUCCUCAUCCUCUGGACCAUAAGAUGAUGCAGUGGUACUUGCAGGCCACAGGAUGGCAGCAGAAUAAAGACAGUUUAAAGUCAUUUUCAAA